AUGGUCCGCUUCGAUCACAAUGGGCCGGCUGCGAUUGAGAAGUUUCUGACUGAACCCGGCCCGAGCCAUGGAUUGGAUUUGGGCUCAGGCCCGGUUUCGCGUAUAGGGGAUCUCAAUGUGAUACAGGACAGCACGCUGGGCUCGCUUUUGUCGGCCUUACUGCAACAUUGUGAUCCGCCACAAAGGAUGUUUCCUUUGGAGAAGGGCCUUGCUCCACCUUGGUGGCCCACUGGGCUUGAGACUUGGUGGGGGAUUCAAGGGGAUCAUGCUAAGGCCCAAGGCCCACCACCUUAUAGAAAGCCACAUGACCUCAAAAAGGCGUGGAAGCUAAGCCUAUUGGCCGCAGUGAUCAAGCACAUGAGCCCAAACCUGGAUCAGUUGAGGAAUCUGGUGUUGCACUCCAAAAGGUUACAAAACAAGACGAGCUCUAGAGAAAAUGAGACGUGGACUAGAGUGCUGAAUCAAGAGGAGACCUUGCUAGCGAUUGAUGAUAAGGAAAGAAACGAUGAGAUUGAGGGUAACGAUUCGGCGCUCAGUUUGUCAGAAAUCGACGUUUCUCUGAUUGAUCAGAGAUCAAUCGACGAGCUUAUAAUGUCAAUGCAUCACAAUAUACAGAAUACCUGA